UCAAUGCUCGAUUUUCAGUGUUCAAUGAUUCGAAUUGUCGUCUCUGUUAUCAGUGUAACACAAUAUUCGAAAGUUCAAGCAAAUUAUGGUGAAGAAAGUGGCUAUUGUUGGAGCUGGAGUGGUUGGACUGAGCUGUGCUGUAAAGAUUGCUGAAUCGGUAGCCGACAGAAGAAACGUCGAUGUGUGUGUAUUUUCCGAUAAAUUUUCGCCAAACACGACUGGCGAUGGUUCAGCUGGUCUUUGGGGCCCCUACUUGAUUUGUGACACAGCUUCUGACAAAAUUAACAAAUGGUCAGAUGAAACUCAUCAAUUUUUUCACGAGCUAUGGAAAAGCGGAAAGGCGGCCGAGCUCGGAAUAUCUCUUAUACCCGUAACACGUCUCAUCAUUGAUGGAGAUGGAUUUAAUCCAUGCUGGAGUCGAGUUGUUUUCGGGUUUACGCCCGUGUCUUAUGAACAAUUAGAUCAAUACAGUCGGGAGCAUAACGUCAAAUACACUGCAGGCGCGCACUUCGUAACUUUCACCUGCGAGCCAACGUUCUUGCUACCGUAUCUAAUGAAACGAUUUCAAUCGGCCGGUGGUAAGGUAUUCGAGAAACGUAUCAACAAUUUCGAUGAGCUGGAUCAGGACUAUGAUCUAAUUAUCAAUUGCACUGGCAUGGGUGCCAAACUAUUGGCUAACGAUCGAAAAGUGAGACCGAUUCGGGGUCAGGUGCAUCGCGUCGAAGCGUCAUGGAUUUUCCAAUCAACUCAAAACGACGUCAACUACAUCAUACCGAACGUGGGCAGCGUUGUAUUGGGUGGAACGGCCCAAUUCGAUGACUACAAUGAAAAUGCAUCCGCCGACGAUUCGAAAUUUAUUCGUAGCGGAUGCUUGAACUUAGACCCUUCGAUAGCCAAUUCAACGUUCUUGAAAGAAUGGGUCGGUCUGAGACCAGGUCGUAAUACAAUUCGUAUAGAGGAGGAGACAAUCAGGAAAAGAAAUGGUAAGACCUGUACGAUCAUCCACAAUUAUGGCCAUGGUGGAUCAGGGGUGACUACAGCUUGGGGUUGUGCAACAGAUGUCUUAGAUCUAGUGAAAGGACAGCUGAACGGUGUUUCCAAUGUAAAGAGUAAAUUGUAAAAGAUUGAAAAUUUUACGACCGCGGUAAUAGAAUUCAGCGAAGUCAGCUGCUUUGCGAGAAUGGAAAUAAAAUUUAUUU